AUGACCGCAAAGGCGGCGUCACGAAAACGAAAGGCCCAGGUUCAGGCCCAGGGGCAGUCUGGUCAGAAGCAGUCCAAAGUCGCCCGCCCCAUCUCCCCACCAAGCGACUCGCCCCCGGAACCAACAAGCUUGCAGUCUGUGACAUCGACAGAGGAGCUCGAGAUCACGGUCGAGACGCUGCGAGAACUGGCGGCGCACCCCUCACUCAUCAAGUCGAAGCAGUGCAGAGAAUUGCGCGGUGCCGUCCAUGACUUUCGGCAGGCGUGCACGACCGGCGUCAAUGCGGCCGGUGCCAACCUGACGGCGCGCAUUUCGGCGGCGCUGGCCGACGGCAAGUACAUGGACGCCCGCGUGCUGCUGGCCGAGAUGCGCCUCCGCGGCGACGAGCUAAAACUCGGUGCGCUCUGUCGGUGGGUCCGCGAUCUUGACGUGAUCAGCGGCCUGUCCACAUCCCCCGACGACAGACAGGCCGCGACCACAGAGCGCUCGCCCGAAGACAAGGAACGCCUUUUGGUGGUCGAUGCCAUUCUCCGGGCGACGGGCCCCGUCGAUCUCAACCCGGAGGCGCUUCGUCGCUACGCCAUAGCCCCUGCCGGCACACCAGCCAUCCACGUUCAGGACAUUUGGGACCUUCGGCCGGCGGGAACCCGUGAACAAGUCUACGCAGCGGUCCUGGACAAGUCGAUCCUCACACAUGCACCCGGCGCCGACUCCCUCCCAGACGCCCUGCCCGUGAUCGAGACCACCGAUGGGGCACAGCGCAAACCCCCGAACCACCACCCUGCCGUUGUCUACACGUCGGCUCCGGGCGCCGUGCCACUGGCCCCCGACGCGCCUGCCUCCAUCGCCUACCACCCGCACCCCACCGUGCCGCGCCUCGGCGUCGCCACGGACGUCCUCACACCGGACGAGUGCAAGGCCAUCAUUGCCGCCGGCGAGUCCGUCGGCUUUUUGCCAGAUGCGCCCAUCCGCGCGGACGGCGAUGUCAGCAUUCUGGCGCACAACUUUUACUGGGUCGUCGACCUGCCGUUCCACGAUCGGCUGUGGUCCCGCAUUGCGCGGUUUGUGCCGGCGGUCCUCGGCGGGCGCGUGGCGCGGGGCAUCAACCGGCGCUUCCGGGUGUACCGCUACGUGCCCGGCGCCGAGUACCGCUGCCACAUUGACGGCGCAUGGCCGCCGUCGGGCGUCCGGCCGGACCGGACGUACGUGUACGACGACUCGCCCGACGGCCACAAGCAGAGCUCGCUCUUUACGUUCUUGGUCUACCUCAACGACGAGUUUGAGGGCGGCGAGACAACGUUUUUUUUGCCGGGCGCCGCGGAGGGCACGCUGAAUGCGUACCCGGUGCGUCCCGUGAUGGGCGCUGUGGCGAUCUUCCCGCACGGCGAAACCCGGGGCGCGCUCCUGCACGAGGGCACGGGUGUGCGCAAGGGCGCCAAGUACGUCAUCCGGACGGACGUUGAGUACGAUGUCGAGCCGACAGUCGGCACAUAG